CAGCAGGAAAAGUGCAUGAGAAAGGAGCUUGAGCAGCGUAGUAUAGUAGCUGGCUCACCCGUAUGGAUUAGACUCGUGAGGACAAUAACGAUGGGGGCUCGAGCGACUGAAACAACUCGGGAACUGGAAAGCGCCUCUGCAAAGUAUCAAAUAGGAGGACAUGCAGAGAAAAUGUGGCAACGGCUCAAAGGAAUAUUAAGAUGCUUGGUAAAGCAGCUGGAGAAGGGUGACAUUAAUGUGGUGGAUUUAAAAAAGAAUAUUGAAUAUGCAGCAUCUGUUCUGGAAGCUGUUUAUAUUGAUGAAACCAGGAAACUUUUGGACACUGAGGAUGAACUCUCUGACAUCCAGUCGGAUUCGGUCCCGCUGGAAGUGCGGGACUGGUUAGCUUCUACAUUCACAAGAGAAAUGGGAAUAGCAAAGAGGAGAUCUGAAGAAAAGCCCAAAUUCCGAAGCAUUGUGCAUGCUGUACAGGCUGGGAUUUUUGUAGAAAGGAUGUAUCGAAGAACUUCAAGCAUGGUUGGUUUGGCAUACCCAUCAGAAGUGAUAGUCACAUUUAAGGAUGUUGAUAAAUGGUCUUUUGACGUAUUUACCCUAAAUGAAGCAAGUGGAGAGCACAGUCUGAAAUUUAUGAUGUAUGAGCUGUUUACCCGAUAUGACCUUUUGAGCCGUUUCAAGAUCCCUGUUCCCAAUCUUAUUUCAUUUGCUGAAGCUCUUGAAGUUGGUUACAGCAAAUACAAAAAUCCAUAUCACAAUUUGGUCCAUGCAGCUGACGUUACUCAAACUGUGCAUUACAUAAUGAUUCACACUGGUAUCAUGCACUGGCUCACAGAACUGGAAAUUUUAGCAAUGAUCUUUGCAGCUGCCGUCCAUGAUUAUGAACAUACUGGGACCACAAACAAUUUUCAUAUUCAGACAAGGUCAGAUGUUGCUAUAUUGUACAAUGAUCGUUCUGUUCUUGAAAAUCAUCAUGUAAGUGCUGCUUAUAGACUCAUGCAAGAAGAAGAGAUGAACAUCCUGGGUAAUUUAAACAAAGAUGACUGGAGGGAGUUGCGUAGCUUGGUCAUUGAGAUGGUCUUGUCUACAGAUAUGUCAGGUCACUUUCAACAAAUUAAAACGAUGCGACACACUCUACAGCAGACACAGGGGGUAGACAAAGCCAAAGCCAUGUCUUUGAUUCUACAUGCAGCAGACAUAAGCCAUCCAGCAAAAUCCUGGGAACUGCACUACCGGUGGACCAUGGCCCUGAUGGAAGAAUUUUUUCGACAGGGAGACAAGGAAGCUGCUUUAGGUCUUCAGUUUUCCCCACUCUGUGACCGCAAGUCCACUUUGGUCGCUCAGUCCCAAAUAGGUUUCAUUGAUUUCAUUGUAGAACCAACAUUUUCUCUUCUCACGGACUCAAUGGAGAAAAUUGUUAUGCCUCUUAUAGAGGAAGCAUCAAAAUCUGAAAGUCCUGCAUUUGGGACCCCCAGUCAAAAUAGUUUGGGAGUAGUAAGCAAUGCUGAAGCACAAAGACGACCUGGUUUUAAAAGCACAGGUGAUGGAGGGACUCACGCAGAAAAUUCUCUAGCAACUGUAGACCUAAGGAGCUUUAAGGACAACUUGAUGAAGAUCAUUCAAGCAAACAAAGAAAGAUGGAAAGAAUUAGCAGCAGAAGAAGAACUUGUGAAAAAUGUUGAUGAACAGGAAAAAGACCAAAGCAGAAAUUCCACAGAUGCACAGUUACAGGAAGAGACAACAAGGAUACAAAAUGAGAGUAGUCAGGGAAGUGAUGGUACAACCUGUCCUCCCAGAUCCAUCGUCCUACAAGUAGUCUCUUUCGACACUUCUCUGAGUGAUGAAUCCAACUCAGAAAAAUGCACUAACUCUGAUCCGAACCAGAAAGAUCUCACCGAUGCCCAGCAAGAAACACAGAAUACAGACCCACUGAAUGGUGAACCUAAACACUGUAAGAAGCCAGAAGAUAUGGUAAAAGCCACAGAGCAGAAAGAAGCACUGAUACAAAACUAGAUUUUCUAUUUCUUAAAAGCUUCUGACAUUUCAGGCAGGACAGGAGAAAAGAAGCACUCUAGCUGUUCCUACCUCGUGCUCUCAGAGGCCGUUAUCUGUCAACUUGUUCUUGGAUCAUCCUGUUUCUGUGGAAAGUGAAUGGACAAAAUGUUCAAAAGUGUAAAAUGUAAAACUGAGCUGGUAACUCAAGGCACUUAACAACUUGCAAGAUUUCGGUUGUAUUUAUUGUUGCUAUUUCCUCUUCUAUUCUGCUUUCUUAAAUUAGCCAAAAUAAUUUUUUCAGCCAAAGUUGGACCUUGCUUUGUUGCAUCACUGGCAUCAAACAUUUCCAGUUAACCAUGAGAUAUGUGAAAACGCGACAUUUAUCAUCUGCCUGGGAUUGCUGUUACAUGUCACUGCUGCUGGCAUCCAGUGAAAAUGGAAAGUCAAAAUGAAAUGUGUUUCUAAAUACUUGUUCAUGCAAUCAUACUGCAUGCAACAUAAAAGUCUUACUUGUUAGUUUCCUUAAAAUAUCUGGAAAUAAAUGUGUGUAGACUGUACAGAAAAGUUGCAGAGUUACACUGACCAGCCUGCAUAGAUGAUGAUUUUUCUCCACUGUGGUGGCUGCCAUAUGGACAGAACUGGUGUUGAGCAGAGAAGUAUUUGAAAUAUCUGAGUAUUUUGGAAGACAUCAGCAAUGUUGUCAGCCCUACCAUGAAGCUGGUGCUUAUUGUUUUAUAGGGUAGAAGAGACAGCAACAGGAAUACAUGAAAAUUACUUCACUUCAGCAAAAUAAUGUGUUGCCUCUCAGACAGAAUUGGAAGGUGACACUGAGGCCUUAUAUUAUGAUUUAUCUCACAUGCAAAGUCAACAACAUGCAUCCUGCAAAAUCUUUGCCAGUUUCUUUCUGAGGGGUGGCAAAAACAGAGCACAUGGGCAGUCACCUUUGCAAGAAGCCUCAGAAGGAGCCCAGAAAGAAACUCCAUUUUCAUCUCCACUUCCCUCAAGCUGCACAUGACUCCUCCAGACUUGUCUGGGUGUCCUGUGUGGCUGCAGCCAACCUCAUUUCCCUCUGCUGGAACCUGCCAGGAAACUUCCAGGCUCCCCUUCAAGUUGUAGGCUCUUGGGUGGCUCAGGUUGCUGCUCUCCCAGCUCUCAUUUUUGAACCCUGUGGUUAUUAUCUCACUGACCAAAAAGUCUUUAUAAUCAGCCAUGGUCUGCUCUGAAGAGGACUCAUGGGGCAGUGGCACUCCUCUCUGGGCAGAGAGUGAUUGAGAUCUACGUGUCAUUCAUCUGCUGUUUCAGGGGUCUGAGUAGAGCUCAACAGGCAUCAGGCUCAACUUCAAAAAGGGCACGCUUUGUCCCAAUUGAAGAAGGAGUUGUAAAAUAAUCACCCUGGACUGAGGGACCCUUACAUGUUCAUACCUGUUGACUGUCUCUUUUCUGACAGCGGAGCAAUCAAAACUGAGCUGGGAACAGUGUAAACUCUGAGCCGUGGGAUAAGAGCAUGCCAAAAGGUGGGAUUCCUGUCAUUGAAUAUGUAAGCCAUAUGCGUGCUAUGCAUAAGUAGUAUGCAUAGUCUUAACUUAAGAAAUGUUUGUGCAUAUAGGAUGUAAAAAAUGCAUUUAAAUUGUUUUGUGUAUCUGGUCCAGGGCUUGUAUUUAGCAUGGACAAAUUUCUGUACAGUGAAGUUAAUGAAUGAAAUGUUAACAAAUGAAAUUGUAUCAUAUAUGUUAUAAUGCAAUCAAUAUUUUUUGCUAAGAGUUAAGAAUUUAUAUAUUCUCUGCUAGUGUUUGAGCAAAUUAUUAGUAGCCUGGACCACUCUGUGCACCUUUGCAUCCUUUUUCGGAAUGUUGGACUCUUUUUUUUUCCUUUGUAAUAAAAUGUAAACCAUC